CCACAGUAAAGACGCUCCUCCCCACCUUCACCUCUUCCUAGGGCUCCCGCCUUGUCCAGGUCCAGAAGGAACCCCAAGCCCCAUCCAUCGGGACACACCCCCAGCCUCAACUUCCGCGCGUCUUUUAACCCCUUCCCCGCCGCAACCAUGUCCAACAACAUGGCCAAGAUUGCCGAGGCCCGCAAGACGGUGGAACAGCUGAAGCUGGAAGUGAACAUCGACCGCAUGAAGGUGUCGCAGGCAGCAGCGGAACUCCUGGCUUUCUGCGAAACGCAUGCCAAAGAUGACCCGCUGGUGACGCCAGUACCCGCCGCGGAGAACCCCUUCCGCGACAAGCGCCUCUUUUGUGUUCUGCUCUGAACCCUCCAGACAGCUUACCCUCCCCUGCCAAAGUAUGGAUCCAAUAAACUUGGUAAUUGUG